AUAAGGCAGUUUAAUAGCCCUUGACUACACGUGUCGCUGUAUCAACUCUAAGCACGCCUCCUAAAAAUCCAAACUGCGAGAGAUCUCUUGAAAAUUAAAAAAAAUGGUUUCACAUCAGAGGCUUCACAUUUCACAACAAAUAAAUGAAAUAAUUAUCCUUCAACUACUGGUAAUACAACACAUUUCAAUAUCGGUAUUGAAACGUUUAUCUCUCGCUCGAUUAUGGACCGGCAGGCUUCAACAACUGCUUUCUAGUUUCCCUUUGUUUCGUACACGCAUCAAUGACAAUCUAGCACAGUUUGAAAUCAUUGGUAGCUGUACGGUAGUUAAGCUAUUUUUGUUAAUCUUGAGAGCAUAUGAAUGUCCAACUUUCAACACAGAUGGUUUUGACCUUCUAAUGUACUGUGCCAACUGUUGCCAUGUUUGGACUCAGUCUGUACAGUAUAAUCUCAAAGAAAUGAGAAGUAUGGGAUACGUCACACGCUUGGAAUGAAUUAAUUAAUGCAUUGUAAUUCGAUACCGAUUAGAAAUUACAUUGUGAUUGUGUGUUUGCAUAUGCAUGCUCUUGGUCUGUUUUGUCUUGACAUUGGAGUUGACACAAACAAAGACCGUAUAGUCUGUUCGCGACUUCCAUACUCUCUAAAAACAUUCUUAAUUGUGGUGUAUAACAUUCAUUGGAACAUGUCUAAAGCAAACGUUUUACGCGAACAGCGCAUGGAGAUGUCAAAUACUUUUGUUGCAAUUCGACGGAAAAUUUCAGACGCCCAAGUGGCCAUUCGCAACCUCAACGUGAAAUCGAAAGACUUGGAAGAGCAGAAGGCAGAAGCUGAUCAGCGUCACGACGAGGCACGUGCGAAAUGUUUGGAUUUGAGGAACAGAAUAGCAGACACAGAACGGGAUUUGUCUGAUGCUGAGAAUCAAAUUCCUCUGGCUAAGUCCAAAAUGCACGAGCUCGAGAGCAUGCAUGGCGAAAAUAAACACUUUGAGAAGGUUUUGGAGCGAACACGAAAGGAGGUUACCGAUCUGGAGAAACGUAAAGACGACGUUCAUACGCUAGCGAAGGAGAAGGCCGAGGAUUGUUGGCAGGCAAAGCAGAAGCUGCAUAAAUUAGAGCUGCGCGUUGAAGAAGUCGAUAAGAGAAUGGAGUUCUGUGUGCGUCGAAUUAUUGUGGCCCAAGAGAAAAUUUCUGCUGUUGACGCUCAGAGUACUACAGUGAGCAAGAACUAUAAGGAGUUGAGCAAAAACGAGAUGGAAAACAAGUUUUACGAAAAGCAAUUGAUGGUUAGCCAAGCGAAGGAGAGGCGCAAGACGUCCGAGGAAAAAGCAAUGCAGUUAUCUUGGAAAGUCGAAGAACUCGAAGAGCAACUGAAAAUGUAUCACAAUAAAAUGCGAGAAAUGUUCAGUGGACAACGAGAAUUAGCUUCGUCAAAACUGCUUUAGAGAUUUUAUAUAUUGUAUUAAUAGUGCACGCGGGUAACUCGGAGGCCGUGACAGGCCAGAACUGGCCAGUGUAAGGAACACAUGUCUCUGACUGUGCAAUAACGGAAAUUGACUUUGUGAACAGAACAGCAGGAAAGCUAUAUAGAUAGUAAGGAUAUAUUUUUUAUGUACACAUUGUAGUUAGAAAUACAGAAUUAUAUUUUCUUUGGCG